AUGGCAACAACUACAAUUCAAACAACUCUAUCCGCAACGACAAAAAUCACCCCUCCAAGAACCAAGCUUGUUUGCUUCUCUUUUGCUGCCUACGCCAAGAACCUCAUCGACCAUUUAAGAUCCCUCAACAUUCCGAUUCUUCCUGGCCUAAACGACGAUGAAUUUACUUUCAUUGAAUUCACUUUAAACUUCACUUUCCCUCCUGACCUCCGCUCCAUUCUCAGGGAAGGCCUCCCCGUCGGUACCGCAUUCCCCAAUUGGCGUUCUUCUUCUCAACAACAGCUUCAGCUUCUUUUAAAUCUCCCCUUUUUGUCCCUGUCGAGAAACGUAGCUCUUAACAACUUUUGGUCUGAUUCUUGGGGGCAAAAGCUGCAAGAAAAGAAUCAAAGUUUGUCAUUGGUUAACCAAUUAUUACAGAAAGCACCGGUUCUUGUUCCUAUAUAUAGAAACUGUUAUAUUCCCUCGACGCCUAAUAUCGCCGGGAACCCCGUGUUUUACAUCGACAGUGAGGAGGUCAAAGUUUUGAGCUUUGACCUCGCGGGGUUUUUCAAAGAAGUUGAGUUCUCGCAAGCCGGUGUUUUUAAGUCGAUCAAUAAUAUUGAGAUGCCUGUUUGGGCGGCGAAAGAGGCGCGGAGGAUUGAGUUUUGGACGGAGGCGGCGGAGAGAGGGAAGAGGAUGGUGGCGCGUGGAGACACGCGCGGGUGGUGGAACGGCGGUGGUGGUGGUGAAGUUGGGGUGGGAUUGGAUUGUUGUUUGGAGGGAGUGUUUUGGAAAUUGAGAGAUGGAGGAUGGAGGGAAGAAGAGGUUAGGGAGAUGAUGAUGAUGAACGGGUGUGAUGAAGAUGAUGAGAAGGAGGGGGUGAAGAGUGGGGUCCAAUUAGGGGGGUCCAAUUAUAGAGAGUGUGUAGUGUGGCAAAUGAGAGUAUUGUCUCUGGUGUUAUUACGUGCGGGGUGGAGGAGGGAAGAAGUGGUGUACUCGCUUAAUCUUGAAGAUGAUGGUGAUUUUGUUGAAGGAAUGUUGUCAAGAAGAGGAGGAACAUGA